AUGUUACUCAGUUCAAACGUGCGAUGCGAUAGUCGUGAUCGUGAUCGUAAUUCACCACUCUGCUUCCAUUGUGAUCGUGAUCGUGAUCGUGAGCAAAAAGAUUUACAUAUGGAAAAUAGAGAUGAUAUUUUCUUUACAUCAGUUUAUCACAAACCAUCAUAUGAACCAUAUUAUUUGCCAUUUCAUAGUAUUCAUCCGUUACAUAUGAAACAGAACAUACCAUUUACUAUGUUCCUUCGUAGAACAAGGUAUUGUUCAACUUUUCAAAGUUUUAUACAAGAACGUGAUCAUUUACGAAUGGCAUUACUUCUCAAUGAAUAUCCGAUAAAAUUUAUCGAUCAACGAUUCAAUCGUGUCUUUGAAAAAUUCAAUAUUAUUCAACCACUAACAUCAAUUAAUUAUUCAAGAUUUAUCAAACUGACCAGUCAAACAACAGUCAUUCAAAAAACGAAAAAGUACUAUCGUCCUUUACGCUGUCUUUGA